AUGAAUUUUGACACAUACGACUCAAAAGUGACGUUUUCAGAUUCUUCGCCCUGCUCAAGUGUAUACCAUGAGGUUUGUUGUGUCGGCAAUUCAAAUACAAGUUUGUCUGAAUGUGACUUAAAUAUGGAAUUUUUAAGAAUCAUUUAUGCGAUAGAUAAUAGUCCAUAUAGAGAUUUGAGUCAACUAAUAGCUGUUCAUUUACAAGUCUCACGAGGUCUUUCGAAACUAUGGGAAUUUUCGCAGCAAAAUGGUGAGUUUCAAGAAAGAGUUGUUGCUUUUAUGAGAAAUAACAGGUUGAACUAUAUAAUUCAACGAAUAGUUUUGGCGGCACUCAAAAAACAGGGGAAACUGUUUAGUGUUGUUGAUGAGAAAAAACUGUUGCUUGAUGCUAUCGAUGAAAGAAAACUGUUGCUUGAUGCUAUCGAUAAGAGAAAACUGUUGCUUGAUGCUAUCGACGAAAGAAAACUGUUUGAUGCUAUAGAUAGGGUUGAUGCCUUGGAGCUUAUUUCAAGGGUAACUGAACAAAUCUACAAGAUCAAUGCUUGGUGCAAUGAAGCAAUCAAUGUCGAUUUGACAAUGGAUUUGUUGGAAAUUGCAACUAGGAGGAGAAAUAAUGCUGUCACUAUAAAUCUGGCGGUGGUGGAUAAUACUUCAGAUAUAAGAUUCAACCAAAUUGUCACCACAAUAUUAACCUAUGCACCGCCUCGAGUUGCUAUAUUCGAGUUUCUUCAACUGAGCAUUGACUCGUGCGAGGACCAAAGUGUGAUUCACUACACAAUUUACGACAUUGGCGUACUUUUUGGCAAUUUGUAUUCAAAUCGCUCGUUGUUGGGGCUGCGAGAAAUACAAGUUUUGAAAUUUGCGGCACUGGCAAUUCUUUUGGCAAUAGUUGAAAAAAACUACCAUGAAAUCAACUUGGAAGCAUACAAAGUUAUCAAACAUCGAUAUUCGGCUAUAUUCUGCUCCCCAUACUCGAACAACAACGACAACAACAAUUUGAAUAGUGGACCAGCUGUGGAGCAAAACUCGGAUCUUUUCCACUAUGAUCUUGUUCCAAUCGAAACCCCGGCUUUAGGUCACUCGACACCAAGACAAGUUCCCGAGUCUUACACUGAAGAUAUUAGUCAGUGGGUCAGGCACCAACUUCUUAAUGAAAACUCAGAAGAUGAGAGACCAACAGAAAUAGAAGAAGGGCAGCAGCAUAUGUUCGAGACUACAAAACCAAAAAGGAGAGGUUUCAGCAGAAUUUUUAAAAGGAAACAAGAUACAUCGAAUUUGAAAAGAAAAUCCAAAUGGAAUUUCUUUAAAAGAUAUUAUUUACAAGAACCUGCAUUUAGUUGA